GGCGCAGGGAGGGCGCGGCGCAGGCGGGGGAGGCCCAGCGCGCGCGCGCCCCGGGGUCCCGGCCCGGGAGGCGCCGCCCGGAAGCGGGAGUGGGGCCGCGCCAUGGCCUCCGGGAGCGUGGCCGAGUGCCUGCAGCAGGAGACCAGCUGCCCCGUGUGCCUGCAGUACUUCGCCGAGCCCAUGAUGCUCGAUUGCGGCCACAACAUCUGCUGCGCGUGCCUCACCCGCUGCUGGGGCGCGGCGGAGACCGACGUGUCGUGCCCGCAGUGCCGGGAGACCUUCCCGCAGCGCCACAUGCGGCCCAACCGGCACCUGGCCAACGUGACCCAGCUGGUGAAGCAGCUGCGCACCGAGCGGCCGUCGGGGCCCGGCGGCGAGAUGGGCGCGUGCGAGAAGCACCGCGAGCCGCUCAAGCUGUACUGCGAGGAGGACCAGAUGCCCAUCUGCGUGGUGUGCGACCGCUCCCGCGAGCACCGCGGCCACAGCGUGCUGCCGCUCGAGGAGGCGGUGGAGGGCUUCAAGGAGCAAAUCCAGAACCAGCUGGACCAUCUGAAAAGAGUGAAAGACUUAAAGAAGAGGCGUCGGGCACAGGGGGAGCAGGCCCGAGCUGAACUCUUGUGCCCCUGCCUGUCCCCUGCGCAGAGCCUGACCCAGAUGGAGAGGGAGAAGAUCGUCUGGGAGUUUGAGCAGCUCUAUCACUCCUUGAAGGAACAUGAGUACCGCCUCCUGGCCCGUCUGGAGGAGCUGGACCUGGCCAUCUACAACAGCAUCAAUGGCGCCAUCACCCAGUUCUCCUGCAACAUCUCCCACUUGAGUGGCCUGAUUGCCCAGCUGGAGGAGAAGCAGCAGCAGCCCACCAGGGAGCUACUGCAGGACAUCGGGGACACGUUGAGCAGAGCUGAAAGAAUCCGGAUCCCUGAACCGUGGAUCACACCUCCAGAUCUGCAAGAGAAAAUCCACAUUUUUGCACAAAAAUGUCUGUUCUUGACAGAGAGUCUGAAGCAGUUCACAGAAAAAAUGCAGUCGGAUAUGGAGAAAAUCCAAGAAUUGAGAGAGGCUCAGUUAUACUCAGUGGACGUGACUCUGGACCCGGACACGGCCUACCCCAGCCUCAUCCUCUCCGAUAACCUCCGGCAAGUGCGGUACAGCUACCUGCAACAGGACCUACCUGACAACCCCGAGCGCUUCAAUCUGUUCCCCUGUGUCUUGGGCUCUCCGUGCUUCAUCGCUGGGAGGCACUACUGGGAGGUGGAGGUGGGAGACAAAGCCAAGUGGACCAUCGGCGUCUGUGAAGACUCGGUGUGCAGAAAAGGCGGCGUGACCUCGGCCCCCCAGAAUGGAUUCUGGGCCGUGUCCUUGUGGUACGGGAAAGAGUACUGGGCUCUCACCUCCCCAAUGACUGCCCUCCCCCUACGGACCCCUCUCCAGCGGGUGGGGGUUUUCUUGGACUAUGACGCUGGCGAGGUGUCUUUCUACAACGUGACUGAGCGGUGUCACACUUUCACUUUCUCUCAUGCCACCUUCUGCGGGCCCGUGCGGCCCUACUUCAGCCUGAGCUACUCGGGGGGGAAGAGUGCGGCCCCACUCAUCAUCUGCCCCAUGAGCGGCAUCGAUGGGUUUUCCGGCCAUGUUGGCGACCAUAUUCAUUCCAUGGAGACUUCCCCUUGAGGAGGUGAACUCAGGCCACCGGGGCUGGCGGCCGUGAUCCCACCCCGGGCGGCAGGCGGCUUGCUGCCUCGCCGCUCCUGUUGUCUCAGCCGGGCGCCCUUAGGCUCCCCAGGUCCUGCAGCGGGACGCGGGGUGUCCACGUUCUCCACCCUCUCCCCCUUCCCGUGCAAAUUGUGAGAUGUAAUGACACGUGCCAGAGUGCCCAGAAACAAAAACCGGAUGUCCACCUCCGUUCAGCCCGUCCCGGAGGGGAGAGAGUGUGGACGGCCCUUGGAGAGCCGCUGGGGACACUUCACCGGGGCUCCGCCCGGCACCCUCUGUUUUGGCCCCACAAAGUGGUCACGGAUAUUUGCUGUUUUCUGGGCUGAGGCUCCUUUUUAAGAACCUGGAGAGGAACCACAGGGCCCUGCCAGCAUGGCUCCCUCGAUCCCGGGUUCUCCUUGGGGAGUCGUACCUCUACCCCGUUCCCAUUCUGCCGUAGUUUUAUUAACUCCAUUAAAGAGGCCUCUGUGUUUUGAUUAGUUACAGUUAUUUUACAGUAACGGUGGGAAAUGGCGCCACCUCUGUUAUGAGAUAAUGUUCUAAUCAAUGUGCUCUUUGCCUCUGUCUGUUCCGAGGGCUUUGUCUGCUCCCUCCAUUCUGACCGGUGCACAUCAUCCAGGAUAAUUUCCUGCCAGCACUAUCCACUGUCCCCAGAUCCCCCUCACACUCCCAUUUGUGGACUGACGGUCAGUCAUACCCCAUCCCUGGAGUGAUUCUGAGGCACUAUUCCAGGGAUUCAUUGACUUUUUGCCUCCUUUUCUCCAUUUCCUGUGGGGAAUGACCUUUCUAGUAUGUGUACCAUUGAGGGGCAGCUCUAUCCCCAUAGCCGUCGGGUCACGAGGCUAAACAGAUCACUUCAGCAGGCCCCCACGAUGGCUCUUCGUCCUCCUUUCCUUUGGGUAUAUGCCCCUCUGUUUGAAAAUAAAGUGACCAUGGAUGUUGUUUA